AUGCCCUGCUUUAAAGGUCUUGCGGUGAGCAUCCAUACUCCGGAUGGCGCGAUCUCCGAAUAUUCCAUUCAAAGACAGUCGCGCGCUUCCCGCAUAGGCUGCUUCAUUCCGGUUCCUCCGCCCAAGGUCCCUGACUCCAAGAACGGCAAACCCGAGCAAUCAACGUUCGCCAUUUCAAUUACCCUCCUCAAUCCUGGCCAGGAUGUUCCCUACUCUACCCCUAAACCGACCUCCGAUUGCCCAUCCCCGAAACCAAAGGUUGUUGGUGGUCUACCGGGUCAGACAUCCGAUUCCGGCACGGUCGCGCCAUAUCAGCCAUUGACCAAUGGUCCGAAUGAGACCGUGGCCGCAUACAUCUACUUUGACGGUAGACAAAAAGAAGAGGUGGCCACAUUGCUGCGAAGAGGUGAAGAGACAUGGGUGAAUUCGCGGUGGGUCAGUGUGCCAGAUUCCGAGGGUGGAGGCAUCGCUGAGCGCGAGUUCCUGUUUCGUGAGGUUGGCCUGGAGCGCUGGCUCAAUGGAUUAGAUCUAGAGGGUAAAGAUGCCGCCGCGAAGAUUGAACGGCGGCGUCAGAAGAUGGAGAAACGCCGGGCGAAGCGGCUGGAAGAAGGCCAGACUGCAAUGGAGAUGGAAGCGAAUACCUCUAUGAAGCACAAGAACAUCAUGCGCUAUGGAGGCGACGCCAAGGCACCGCUCGAGAAUGUAUCUGAUGAUGACUUCUCGGAUUCCGACGACGAUGACGAUCCUAUCCCGGAAACAACAGGUCAGAUCAAGGUUGCUUUGUUCCGCGUCUUGGCUUCCGGAGAAAUCAAGCGGGGCGAGUAUUCACCACAAUUUGAUGCUCACGAUGAUGAUGAAGAAGGAGGCCAGGAAAGUGGGAAUGGGGAUGGUGACAUAGAUCACACCACCAGUUUCGCUAAGCCCAAGUCUCUCGAUCCGAAGAGCAUUAGUACCCAAACCGUUACAGGCAUUGAUCCCACCGACAAGCCAUAUGCGACAUUCACCUUUAUGUAUCGUGGAGAACGGCAAUUGCAGAAGAUGGGGAUUCUCAAGGACCCUAAGGCUCAAGAAACUCCGGCGGCAAAGCGGAAGUCAUUACAAGCGGACUUUUCCAGUAUCGGACCCUUAAAGCCCGGUGGAACUGUUGGGUUCCUCAACUUCAGAGAGCAUGAAUCCGGACAGAAGGGCAAGAAGGGGGACGACGAGAUGGACAGUGACGACGAUGACACCGACAAUCCAAUCCUGAGCAAGGCCGAUGACGAAGAGACCAAGGAUGACAACCAAUUUUUGUCUCCUGAUGACAUAAAACGUCAGGGCGAGCUAGAAGAGGGUGUUCGCAAGAUCCGGUUGAAACGCGCGCACUCUGCCGAGCCGCCUCACGCAAAUGGCGAUAGCAACUCUACUGGUACCCCAGCUUCUGGAACUCCACCCUCGGUCGCCGAGCGCUCUAUCACCCCGCCAAAGACCAUUUCGGAUCCCACUGCUGGGCCCUCUGAGCCACCUCAGCCCCCGGCUGAGCCCCCUGUUGGGUUCUUGGGGAGCCCCCUAAAGAAGCAACGAGCGAGUGUUUCUAUGGCCGACGAAAACGCUUUACGGCGUCGCAUUGCCGAGUCUUCUGGUCGCAUUAAUGAAGUCCUCGGCACUGGUACAAACAAUACCAACUCUGGAAGCACAGCGUCCUUCGGUGAUAAUAUCCCGGCCGUAGAGUCGACCAAUCCACCGAAGGAGGCCUCAAAUGAGGAUGAGGAAUUGUAA